AUGCAAAAGAAUACAAGACAAGAAACAUAUAAAAUUGUUAAGACUUGCCCCCCUAAAAGGCAAGGCAAACUUAACUUUAGUAUCAAUUCAGGUGUUUUUACCUGCUCUGAAUGCGAAAAAGAGUUUGAAAAGCCUUGGUUACUGAAAAGGCAUUCGAAGGUUCACCAUAUAAGUAAUCAAAUGGCAACCAAUACUGUACUCGACAAAUCCGAGCAGGCCGAAUUGAUAGUAAAGAACACUAUUCUGGAUGCUAAUGCAUUUGAUUACUCGAGUGAUGAAGAUGACUCCUCCAGUAUUAGGGAUGAAGAAGACAACAUUGUAGAUGAGAAAAACGAUAUUGUCAAUAAUCUCUUUGAUAUUGAAAUGAACAGUAAUCCAGUUUUCAAUGCGUUCUCUGACAUGUUUUCUUCUGCUGCUGCUGCUGAUGAGGUAUCAAUGACUGAUGAUGACUCUGAGAUCCCAGAAGAAGUCUUUGAGACAAUUGGCACUGUAAAUUACCCUACAAGCUGUUAUCCUUUUCGCGAUCUUCAAGCCAUGAUCCUUUUCGCUUUUAUCAAUGGGGAUAAUGACAUGAUCUCCCAGCAAAUGUUGAAGAAGAUACUGCUUGCAAUAAACUUGAUCAUUAAGAUCCAGCAAGAAACUCCCAUAGGAAGAACAUUUAAGUUUUCUCGUUUAGAUGCUCUUUUAAAUUAUCAGGCAAGAAAGAAGUUCAAGAUGCCUGUCUUUCCUUCACAAAGAAUAUCAGUAUCUGGAUCAAACGGGAAUGUAUUUGCCCACAUUAACCUUCCGUCCAACCACUUGAGAUUUCUUAUGGCAAACCCAAAGAAAUCCAAGUUGAUCUCGUCUAUGCCCAAUCAUACCCCAAACCAAUUGAUCUGUUUGGAACAAGGUGAAAAGUGGAGAACUCACCAUCUCUUUCAGCAGCCUAUGCACACUGUAAAUAGUAUAGAUGUCUGGUUUGGAAACAUUGUUUACUUGAAGACAAACGAUUGCAGCAUCUGCUUUUUGGUUGAAUUGUUCCACACAGCAAAUAAAAACAUUUUUGCGAGAGGGUAUCUGGUCAGAGCGAUUUCGAUUGUAUGCUAUGGUGUUGAGGUUACUGUUACUGAUCUUAGAGUAGAGCAGAUCUCUUACGUUGAUACCAUUCCUGUUGAAAGAGAUCACUACUACAGUAUCUCAAGUAGCCUUACCAGAUUGAGUCCUGCUCAUGACUUUCUUCUUUUUGGAGUUCAUCCAAUGAAGAAGCCUAUGCCUCUUUCUGUUUUGCCUGGUAAUGUAGAUCGCGAUGCAGUAUUUUACAAAGUUAGGAUUGUUUCAAUCAUUCUUUUUACAGACAACACUUCUGGCAAUUGUUUAAAGCAGUACAAUCCGUUUGAAAGCUGGUUAAUGAGAUGUGCUGCCUUGCCUUUUAAGGAUCGAAAUUCGAUAGCAAACAUUCAGUUUCUUUCUACAAUCCCUAAGAAAGAUGGUGCAAAUGGUAUGUCUCUUCUGCCAGCAAUUGUUGAUGACUUUAAGAAACUCGAGAAAGGUACAAUGAGUAUGUUCUGGUUGUUGCUCUCAUCCUUUGGAUUGAGGCUGACAUGCCAUGUCAUUCAGAACUUUGCAGAUUGCUUGGACCAGCCACUACAUUUCCUUGCAGAAGAUGCUACCGAAUUUAGAUGUGCAAAAGACUUUGUGAAGGACUUCUCCUACUUCUGUGAGUGCCAUGAGAGACGAACUCAAGAGCACUAUGUUCUUGCAAACUCGUCAUCUGGCAGAGACACUGAGAUCCCAAAUGCUCCAAAAAUUGGAAUGAACACACCUGCAAACGAGAUAAGCUUUAGAGAUCAUUUGACUGAUCACUUAUUAGAAUUGCAGUUGUUUGAUCCAGAAAAGGAUAUAUCAGUGGAAAUCUUCCACACAAUACUUCUUGGUGUUGUAAAGUAUAUGGUGAUUGACUUGGUUAAGGUCGUGCUUAAGAAUGACACAGUCACAAUAGCAAGACUUUCAGAAUUCUUGACAGAUUACACAGUAGAUAAUGCAGUAAAAUACUUGAUCAGAGCAUUGUUUGACUAUAAUAAAAGAACCAAGAACGAGCUCCACAAGGCAUAUCGCACCAAGCCAAAAGUUCAUUACUUGACACAUCUCAAGGAAGAUAUAAUUCGUUUUGGCCCAGUCCUCAAUUAUGAAACAGAAAAGGGCGAACAGUUCAAUAAGCACAUUCGUGAACAUCUGUUUCAUAUGAAUUGCCAAAACACUUCCAGGGAUGUUUGCCUAAAGUUUGCAAAGCAGGUAGCAUUGCAACAUGUAAUUGACGGCGGGUUGUGGAUUAAUAGCUCUGGCAACCGAGAGAAGUCUGGAACUGGAAUAGAGAGGUUCAUUAAGGACAACAAUGAAUCCUUGUUCUAUUACACCUUCUUUGGCAGCUCGAGAGAGCUAAAGGACAACAAUGACACUGGAGAUAUUGAAGAUGACGCUAUCCAAAACAACAGUUUUGGCGCAUUUGUUUUUAAAGAUGAUCUAAUCUCUCGCCCUCGUAUGGGACUUGUCUCAGGCUCUGUUGUUAAGUUUCUUAGCAUUGUUUCUUGUACGGAUAAUGACAGAAACAAUAACUAUGCCAAGGCUGUAAUGACAGGUGAGCAUUCUGAUGUUGCUAACAUGAAUCUCAUUUGUAAGUUAGAUUUGCACAUUUUCUGCAACCCAUUUUACAUUGUGCCAAUUUUCACCCAAAAUGAUAACAAAAAUCUCUGGUGGUAUAUAGAAACACUGUCGAUUGUGCUUGAGACAAUCCAAACAGGUAUAACAGCAAGGCACAGGAAGGACAAUCACCCAGAUACAAAGGGACAGAAAGAGGAAAAAGGGGGAGAGGGUUUUGAACAGAGAUAUAAGACUUUAAUGCAAUGUAUGAUUGCUUUCCCACGGGUCAAGCAGAAAGCAAUUCAGGGAUAG